UGUGUUUGGAUGCCGCUCAGCAUAAAGAAAGCAGGCGGGUUUGUAUUUAUUGGUUUGUGGUGAAUUUACUUUGACAUGACACAGAGAGAGGAAAACAGCACCGUACGAAAGCUUACUUUAUCACCACAACAACAACCUUCGUCAUCCUGGAUUAAUUUACAGUUCAAUUAAAUUAGUUAAGGACAAGAUCGCUGAUCAUCUGUACCAGGUAACUGGUGCGCUGAAGUUCAUUACAUGUUUUUAAUUUUGAAAGCGAUGUGUAGAGAAGUCUGACGAAAAGAAGUUGAAAGAUAAACAGUUAACACUUACUCUGUAGGUGUAGGUUAUGCUUAAAAUCUGACUACAAAAUCUGUGGGUAACGCUUUAAUAAGACCAAAAGAAGAAUAUGGUUGAUGUGUUUUCUGGUCGGACGCUUCUGAAUAAGGAUGGGGAUUCAGUGGACCCUGAAGAGGCUCUAAGAAAUAAAGUGGUCGGCCUGUAUUUCUCUGCUGGUUGGUGCCCUCCUUGCAGAGAUUUCACGCCGAUUCUCUGUGACUUCCACACGGAGCUCGUUGAGGAAAACGACCCACCUGCCCAGUUCGAAAUAGUUUUUAUCUCUUCAGACAAGACGGCAGAGGACAUGGUGGAGUACAUGCAUGAUCUGCACGGAGACUGGUUGGCGCUGCCAUGGAGUGAUCCGUAUAGGCAUGAAUUAAAAAAGAAGUACAACAUCACAGCCAUACCAAAGCUGGUAAUUGUGAAAGAAAAUGGAGAAGUCAUUACUGAUAAAGGCCGAAAACAAAUCCGGGAUCAAGGAUUAGCCUGCUUCAAAAACUGGCUGGACGUGGCAGAUAUUUUCCAGAAUUUUUCAGGUUGAACAUAAGUUAUGGUAUGAGUUAGCUCUGCAGCAUACUGAGAAUGUACAUUUGCGCAUUGUUUUAACACAUCUUUUUUUUAAUAGACACCUAUGCAAAUAUAUGACAAAACAUUUAGACAUGUUUAGAUUAUUAUGUAAUGUAUUUUUAGAUACAUGUGCAAAAAGAUAGUCCAAAGAGUUUUGCAGAGGAAUGUAUUUAUGUAUUAAAUUAUAUAUGACAAACAUAGACAAAACCUAUAUUUGGACUUUGGCAAGGACUGUGAAAAAAGUUAGUUUCUAUUAAAUGAGCCUAUUUCAAAUGUCUCAUUUAUAUUGAUUUCCUUAGCUAAUCAAACAUCCAGCAGUCUUAAUGGAAUUCAGUGGAUGGAAGAUAGAUAUUAUCUUCUCAUCAAAAAAUGUAACAUUUAAUGUCAGUCAUCUAAGCUAAAAUGCUCUUGCCAGUCCAAUGCCAGAUGUUACUGACAUGUUUUUAAGGUCGCCCAUUGCAAGGAAUGAGUAAUUAAUGUAUAGGCUAGUUGUAAGAAAGCUAUUGGCAUCCGUCUAUCUGCUGGAAUUAAAUGUAUUGACAUAAUGCAGUAGCAUGGCAUAUAUUUCUUUACAGGUACAUAGUAAUAAAAAUACUUCCCUUUUUUGUAUUUAGUUAUAUGUAAGAUGAAACAAAUGUAUGAUCACCGGUACAUUUCUUGGUACUGCUUUCCUAAUAAUAUUUGUAGCCACCAAAUGUGAAAAACAAAUCUUUGGAAAUGUUUUUUUUUUUGCUGCUUUCAAUAAAUAUAACU